AUGACUGCUGCUUUAUCCCAAAGAGAAGAACAAAUAGAGAAUGUUUCAAAUAGAACCAUUCCCAAAGUACUAAUCCAAUGUGAAGAAUGCAAAUCUAACCCCUCAAAGUACAAGUGUCCGGGUUGCUCGAUACAAUCGUGCAGUCUUCCUUGUGUAAAAGCUCACAAAGCUCGGACCGGGUGUAAUGGCAAGAGGAACCAGACUCAGUUUGUUCCUAUUUCACAGUUUGAUGACAAUAUCUUGUUAUCUGAUUAUAAUUUGCUGGAGGAAGUGAAGAGAGUGGCUGAAGUUGCUUCAAAAACGAGAACAAAGUUAGGUGUGUCUACAUAUUUUAAGUUGCCUAAUCACCUCAAAAGCCUGCGACAUGCUGCUGGAAGCCGGAGCACAAAACUAUUGUUUCUCCCUAAUGGAAUGUCAAAAAGAGAGAAUAAUCAUUCUCGAUUUGACAAUAGGGAGAAGUCUAUACAUUGGACAAUAGAAUGGCGUUUUCACUCGACAAAUAUUGUUUUGCACGACCAUGGAGUUCAUGAAGAUACAAGCUUUUGCACCAUUCUAGAGAAGCACCUCAAACCAGGUCCUUGGAAUCAUCAACUAAAGGAAUUUUGUGAUGACCAUGAUCGUCUCAAGCUCUUCAUUCGUAAAUAUCCAAAGGGUCCCAAGUCACCCUUCAAAGAAUUGGAUAUGAAAGCACCAAUCAGACAACAAUUGAAAAAUAUAGUCAUUUUGGAGUAUCCCGUUGUUUUUGUUUUCUUGCCGUCUCACACUAUCAAUUUCGAAGUUAUUAAGAACGUCAUUCCUAGUACGCCUAAAUCACCGCAGAAAGAUAGUGAAGUUAAUCUAAUACCAGAAGGUGUGUCGUUCAGGGAAGAGGAGAUUGGAGAUGACAACAACUUUGAUGAUCCUAAGGUUUUUGAUCUUCUGAAGCAUGCAGAAUCAAGUCCAUCACAUCAAGUGCAUACUGAAAAUACGCCUUCCGAGAAAGCACCUAAUGAUACUAAGGUUUUUGAUCUUUUGAAGCAUGCAGAAUCAAGUCCAUCACAUCAAGUGCUUACUGAAAAUACGCCUUCCGAGAAAGCACCUAAUGAUCCUAAGGUUUUUGAUCUUUUGAAGCAUGCAGAAUCAAGUCCAUCACAUCAAGUGCUUACUGAAAAUAUGCUUUUUGAGAAAGCACCAAAUUAUACAUUAGACAUACCAGUGUUUCAAGGAGAUGUUAAGAGAAAUUUUUUGCCCUCAUGUUUCAUAGACACGGAUUUACAAUUGUCUGAAUCUGGGAUGUUCGACUUUGAACAAGAUCUUAUGUUUGAAGAUCAUUCCUAUGAUCUUAUGUAUCAAUUCAAUCCCCAAGUCUUCCCAGAGUUUGAUUGUGAAUUUGCAAAGAAAGAUGAAAACGGAAUAGAUGUGUUUGACGCCAUUAACCAGCUCCCUGAGAUACGGCAGACGGAGCAAUUGGAGGAAGGGGAGAUUCCCGAUUGA